AUGAAGUCGAUGGAUCCUUCCCCACCAACAGCGGGAGAGCUUGGCACUUCCUCGCCCCCCUCUCUAACCACGCCAGCGCCUGACAGCAUUGACGAGAAAAUGGCCAACAUAGAAAAGGAGGCGGCCACGUCCAUUUCAACGGCGCAACCACAAGAUCACGAUCAAGAUGCUGAACCUGCUCGGGAAAGAUGGAAUUCCUCAUCCACAAAUAUCACUCGUUACCUUCAGACUCUCCUGGCCUUCCUGGUCAUGGGCGUGAGCGAUGCCUCUCUCGGAGCUUUACUUCCAUACAUUGAGGAAUAUUACAAGAUCAACUACACUAUUGUAGCUUGCAUGUUCCUGAGCCCCUUCGCCGGCUACACCCUCUCCGCGUUCAUGAUAAGCAAAAUCCACAUGCGCUUCGGCCAAGUUGGAAUCGCUGUUAUUGCUCCAAUCUGCAAGAUCAUUGCCUAUGUCAUCACCUGCGUUCACCCACCCUUUCCAGUCAUCCCCGUCUUUUUCGUCUUGACCGGUCUCGGAAAUGGCCUCGAAGACGGAGCCUGGAACGCGUGGGUGGGCAACAUGGAGAAUGCCAACGAGUUGAUGGGCAUCCUGCACGGCGCAUACGGACUUGGUGGUGCCAUUGGCCCCUUGAUCUCGACCGCUAUGGUCACAAAAGGAGGUCUGCACUGGUACACCUGGUACUACGUUAUGGUUGGAUUCGCAGUCCUCGAGAUCAUGCUAGGCUACUACGCCUUCCGCUCGGCAACCGGCAGCGUCUACCGCGCCAAACACCCCGUCUCCACCACCGGCCCGCCCGAGUCCCGCACCCGCGAAGCCCUCAAAUCCAAAAUCACCUGGCUCGUCGCCGUCUUCCUGCUCGCCUACGUCGGCGCCGAGGUCGCGCUGGGGGGUUGGAUCGUGACGUUCAUGCUGCAGAUGCGACAGGGCGAGCCGUUCGCCUCGGGAAUGGUAGCUACGGGCUUCUGGCUCGGUUUAACUGCCGGCCGUGUUGUGCUUGGUUUCGUGACGGGGCGCAUUGGGGAGAAGCUCGCUGUGGCGCUUUAUCUCGCCCUGAGCGUGGGCUUGCAGCUGCUCUUCUGGCUGAUUCCCAGUUUCGUUGCCUCGGCCAUUUUCGCGGCAUUCCUAGGCUUCUUCCUAGGGCCCCUAUUUCCGGCUGCUAUCAUGGUUGCGACGAAGCUUCUGCCACCGCGUCUGCACGUUAGUGCUAUUGGGUUCGUGGCUGCGUUUGGUAGCUCGGGAGCGGCGGUGUUUCCGUUCGUUGUUGGGGCGAUUGCGCAGGCGAAGGGGGUGUGGGUGUUACAACCUUUCGCGCUGGCGUUGCUGGGGGUUAUCUUUAUUUCGUGGGUUGUGUUGCCGGGUGGGUUUAAGAAGUCGGGGCUGGAUGAGGAGCAGAAGAAGGUGCUUAAGAUUGAGAAGGAGAGGGGGACGAUCGGGUCGGGAUCUGAGGCGGUUGUUUGA